AUAGGGAACAACAAUCGACUUUAAUUUUUAUUUUUUAUUUUAUAAAGAAAAACUACAAAAAUGGAGGAGAAAAAAAAGAAUGAAACUAACAAGACUUCAAAGUGUGAAAGAUCAAGGUCGAAAAAAAAACCUGACUCUGAUUACUAAGUUUUUAUUUUUUAUACUAUGUUUAUUGUUUCUCCACUUAAAAGAAGAAAAAAUUGUUUUCUUUUAAGGAUGUAAGAGCAUAAAUUUCUGCUUUAGUGACUUCGCAGUUUGUGCCUCUCUUGUUUUGGAAGGAACAUCUUAAUUAAAAUGGCCAAAGUUGUACCAGUUAGGCUUGCUUACGCGGAGUAUCAACCAAGCUCCGGGAAAGAAGUGAGUUCGAAUCCAGUGAUUUUCCUUCAUGGAGCAACACUCUCGAAGGAAUCUUUUCAGGAUCUUCCCCAAGUCAUCGCAGAUGGGGCAAACAGAAAAGUAUUUGCUUUGGAUGCCAGGAAUCAUGGUGAUAGUGAAUACACCGAUGUUUUUAAUUUUGAUAUUAAUGUCGAUGAUCUCUUUCAUUUUAUGGACACUGCUAGCAUUCAGAAAGCUGUAUUAAUUGGACACAGUAUGGGCGGGAUUACCGCCAUUAAUGCAGCUCUCAGAAAACCCGAAAGAAUAGAGAUGAUUUUUGUGGAGGAUAUAUACACAAAGAAAGUUCCAAAAGAACAGUUGGUAGAAAUUGCCGGUUUUAUUCAAAUAUGGGUGGCAUCUGUUCAAUCCGUCCCGAAGGAGCUGAAUUACACUGAUGCAUUGAGAUAUGCCUGCGACGUUUUCUACAGUAAACUACCUCCAGACACUCCGGACCUCCCCUCAAAAGAAAUUUUUUGCAAACACAAUUUUCCUUUUGGACGUACAGCUAACGGUGAUUAUUACCUCAAGCUCAACAAAGAAGUCCUGUAUAAAGCUUUCAUGGAUGCAGAAACUCUAAUGAGUGAAUCCAGCGGCCAGUUUGAUGGUCCAGCCUAUUUCUUAUACGGAACUCUUUCUGAAUUUCGAGUAUGGGAAGAAGAAGAAAAUAUUCGAAAACACUUUCCGAGUGUGGAGCUCAUUGGAUUUGAAGAUGCAAAGCACGAUAUACACAUGGAGUUUCGUGAAAAAUUUAUUAGCACAGUACUCAAUCUAUUGAAAAGCUAGAUUUUGCGCUCUUUUUGUACAUUUGAAUAUUUGUUGUGAGUAAACUACUCAAGUAAUGUUUACUUUUA